UCCCUGGAUUAGUUUUUCCUACUGCUCUGUCAUCUUUAUCUGUCUGCUUUGUGUCUGCUUUGUGUCUGCUUCAGGUCUGCUUCAUGUCUGCUUCAUGUCUGCUUCGUGUCUGCUUCGUGUCUGCUUCAUAUCUGCUUCAUGUCUGCCUCAUGUCUGCUUCAUAUCUGCUUCGUGUCUGCUUCGUGUCUGCUUCAUGUCUGCUUCAUGUCUGCUUCAUGUCUGCUUCAUGUCUGCUUCAUGUCUGCUUCAUGUCUGCUUCAUGUCUGCUUCGUGUCUGCUUCGUGUCUGCUUCAUAUCUGCUUCAUGUCUGCCUCAUGUCUGCUUCAUAUCUGCUUCGUGUCUGCUUCGUGUCUGCUUCGUGUCUGCUUCAUGUCUGCUUCAUGUCUGCUUCAUGUCUGCUUCGUGUCUGCUUCGUGUCUGCUUCAUGUCUGCCUCAUGUCUGCUUCAUAUCUGCUUCGUGUCUGCUUCGUGUCUGCUUCAUGUCUGCGUCAUAUCUGCUUCGUGUCUGCUUCAUGUCUGCUUCAUGUCUGCCUCAUGUCUGCUUCAUAUCUGCUUCGUGUCUGCUUCGUGUCUGCUUCGUGUCUGCUUCAUGUCUGCGUCAUAUCUGCUUCGUGUCUGCUUCGUGUCUGCUUCGUGUCUGCUUCAUGUCUGCUUCGUGUCUGCUUCAUGUCUGCUUCAUAUUUGCUUCGUAUCUGCUUCGUGUCUGCUUCGUGUCUGCUUCGUGUCUGCUUCGUGUCUGCCUCAUGUCUGCUUCAUGUCUGCCUCAUGUCUGCUUCAUAUCUGCUUCAUGCCUGCUUCAUAUCUGCUUCGUGUCUGCUUCGUGUCUGCUUCGUGUCUGCUUCGUGUCUGCUUCGUGUCGGCUUCAUAUCUGCUUCGUGUCUGCUUCGUGUCGGCUUCAUAUCUGCUUCGUGUCUGCUUCGUGUCUGCUUCAUGUCUGCUUCGUGUCUGCUUCAUGUCUGCUUCAUGUCUGCUUCGUGUCUGCUUCGUGUCUGCUUCGUGUCGGCUUCAUAUCUGCUCUGUGUCUGCUUCGUGUCUGCUUCAUGUCUGCUUCGUGUCUGCUUCAUGUCUGCUUCAUGUCUGCUUCGUGUCUGCUUUGUGUCUGCUUCAUAUCUGCUUCAUGUCUGCUUCGUGUCUGCUUCGUGUCUGCUUCAUAUCUGCUUCGUGUCUGCUUCGUGUCUGCUUCGUGUCUGCUUCGUGUCUGCUUCGUGUCUGCUUCGUGUCUGCUUCAUGUCUGCUUCGUGUCUGCUUUGUCUGCUUCAUGUCUGCUUCGUGUCUGCUUCGUGUCUGCUUCAUAUCUGCUUCAUAUCUGCUUCGUGUUUGCUUUGUGUCUGCUUCGUGUCUGCUUCGUGUCUGCUUCGUGUCUGCUUCAUAUCUGCUUCGUGUCUGCUUCAUGUCUGCUUCGUGUCUGCUUCGUGUUUGCUUCGUGUCUGCUUCGUGUUUGCUUCGUAUCUGCUUCGUGUCUGCUUCGUGUCUGCUUCGUGUCUGCUUCAUAUCUGCUUCGUGUCUGCUUCGUGUCUGCUUCGUGUCUGCUUCAUAUCUGCUUCAUGUCUGCUUCAUGCCUGCUUCGUGUCUGCUUCAUGUCUGCUUCAUGUCUGCUUCAUGUCUGCUUUUUUUUUUACUAACGUGCCGCCACCCACGUCCAGAGGAGCCGCCAUUGUUUCUGAGAAGGUCAAUCUUUUUUUACGUGACCCUUCUCAAAGGUCAGAGGUCACCUCUAAAUAAUAUGUUGUAACCAUAUGAUGACUGUACUGGUGUAGUUGCCUGGCAACAGGAUGUGUUUGGGUGCAGUCAUGGAAAUUAUUUAUACCCUUAGAUUAGAGUUGAUUUUGGUUAAAGUAUUUGUGAGUAUUUGGAGUUUUGGUGAUGGAAAAAGUCUGAAUGACUUCAUUUUAAAAACGCAUCAUCGUCUGCAAACAUUGACCUGUCGAGAAGCUCUUCAAUGACCGUCAGGAAACCUGGCCUUCUGGUGCGUGGGUGGGGCGUUAGCAGAUUCUGAACUGAAGCACCACCAUCUUUAGGUGCUGCUGUGCCCGUGUGGGUUUAAGGACCGUUCUGGUCUUUUGGUUUACCGGCUGGUUUUUAAGCUUUAAACUGAUUAUGUUUGACAAACAAUUUAAAGCUGCUUUACAAGCAAGAAUCUAUUUUUCUGCAAAGACGUUUUUUACAAAAAUAUUUGACAAACUUUCAUUUGAGUGAAGCUUCUGAAGCUGAGAUUCACAGGAAGUCCCCUCCUCCUGCUCCUCCUCCAUGCAGAACAGUUGCAGCACUUUAAUUUGUGUUUCUGGUGCCUCUGAAUCCUCUUCAUGUUCAUCUGUUUUUGACACAUGGAGGAUUUCAACAUUAAGAUGUAUUUUUAAUAACCUGAGUUUAAUGAUCAAUAAUAAAGAUUUAAACGUU